UGGAUUUUAAGUAUGGGAGCAAAAUGAUUUUGAAGAACAAUCAAUUCUGUCAUUAUCGCAUUUGUACGAAGGGGCAGUGCUUCAAUCACAGAGCCACGUACUGUCCAAAAAACCGGAUUCUGUAACAUACUUUGUCUGCCGACACUGAAUUGAGCAAACCACACCAAGAUGCCAUUCGACGUCGCUCAUGCUUUAACGGGGCGGCAUCUCAUUGUUCAGCCUUCAGAUGCAGCUCUCAGUCCACCAGAGAGCUACCUCUACGUUCAAGACGGUCUUAUAAUAUCGUGUGGCGUGUUUUACGCCCUGUGCUACUAUUUCUACAUGAUCGCCACGGUGCGAGAUAGGUUCAUCGCUGGGCCCGUUGAGUUUCUGUGUGGUACGAUGGCCUACGAACUGUACUACGCUUUCGUGAUGCCAUCAUCUGCGCUUGAAUUCAGCUGCUUCAUUGUAUGGUUCCUUAUGGAUGCUACAUUUGCAGGUGUUGCGAUCGCAUAUGCGUACCCAACAGGGAAACGGACAAUCGUUACGCUGAGGACGAUUCUUGGCGUCGUUGUUGGUGUCAUCUUCUUCCAUGCACUAUGUAUGCAAUUUCCAGACGAGCGUGAGCAGGUCACGGCAUAUUGGACAGGAUGGCUGCUGGAAACUCCGAUCGGCUGGGGUGAACUGUAUCAUUUAAUCUCUAGGGAGGACACAAAGGGCCAGAGCUUGGAGAUUUGGAUUUGCCGUUUCCUCGGUUGUUUGACAGCAAAUGGAGUGUUCAUGUGGCGCUAUUUGAACGUCCCGCAGAAUUGGGAAUAUGUAGGUAGUUGGUGGAGCAUUGCAUUGGUGGCGGUCACCAUCUUUCCGGAGAUCAUCUAUCCAUACUAUUAUAUCAAAAUGCAUCAAAAGACGAUAACGAGCUCUGCAAAAGAGGAUAAAAAAGAUUGAUCUUAAAUGACUAUCGAGGAAUCCAAAAGUGGACUGGUGUAUUAGCAAGAGAUUCCUGUGCAGUGCGUGUCAGACGGCACACGAAUGCAAACAAACAUCAGCAAUGUCAGUGAAAAUGAAGUAGAU